GAGGAGGUAUUACAGGCGGAAGAAAAAGCAGAAGAACCUCAAUUACCUCCAUCAAUGAAAUUACUGGGAUCCACUUCAUCUUGUCAUUGCAAGACAACAGCCACGCAGACAGCUCUCGAGAGCGAGGAAGAAGACAACGAACUCGAUUGUGUUGAAAUGGAAGAUAUGGCAGAUAUGGCGGAAGCCACUGACACACCUAUCAGCUCUAAGUCAGGAAAGAGUAGUCGAAGGAAGAUACGCCAUCAACAUUCGAAUCAGACAUCCUCAGCUAGAAUUGACUCGAUAUUUGAUGGUGGUACUGAUUCUUCAGCCACAGCUGCACAGAUUGUUGGAAUUGAUCAAUGGAGUUCAAGCGGUACUGAGAGUGCUACUGGGGUUAUUAUACGUAGUGGGGUGACUGCUGAAUGGAGUAAUGAACAAGAAGAGAAAUCAGCCCCAGAACCACCAACAGAACAUAUUCACAACUGUCCACGAAGAUCUGAGAAAUCUGAAAACAUGGGUCAGCCUCCUAGCAUCCUUCCAACCGAUACCCUACCUGCUCGAAUGAGCCAGACUAGGUCAAACACUCAGUCAUUCGGUCUCUCGUAUGGAUUUUCAAGAUCAAUUCCUGCAGGAGUUCAUUUAGCUGGACUUGGAGAUCCUUCAGAGAACAAUAUAUUCCCGAAAACUCCUGAAAUUCCUUUCUUACCAAGCUGGGCAAGAGAUCGAUCUGAGGUACCAAUGCCUGCAGAACAUUUCAACUAUUCUGGGAUGACUUCAUUUGGUUUAGUCCCUCGACAACCAAUCCACUCGUCGCAUAUAUUACCACCUCAUACUUGCAAUGUUCCAGCUGGAUUCUAUGGAGAGGGUGUUGCACCUUGCCUCUACAUGCAUCCUCUUCGAUUGGAGGAUAUGAAGAUGUGUCAGCGACCGCAUCGUGAUCGACCAAAUGUUGCAGAAACCCCUCAUCAGCACCACCAUCACCACCACACAGGUGGUCACCAUCAUCAUCACCAUCAUCGAGGUCGCCAUAGCAAGGGAGAUAAUGGAGAUCACGAACAGAUGGGCCCACCACAAGGCCCGCCAGGCGGUACAUCAGAUGUCUGCUGUCACAACCAGCCACGAUAUCCCUACACUCCUUACUUAGAAGGCUCACCCACUCACAAACGAUCUCACAGAAAACGUGAUGGAGGUGCUUCAAAGGAUGCACCACCCUAUGGACCUUCGAAAAGAAGUAGACAGAGGCAUAAGGAGGCCACUGAUGUAAGUUCUGGAUCGAUCUCGGCAGCUCAAGGAACGUCUACCCAAUUGAGUGAACAAGAAAGGAACAGAAAGAGACGACUGGCGCGACAACGACGCUUGGAAAUCGAUAACCUCAUCAAGGCUAUAUAUGAUCGCGUUUUCGAGAUGUCUGGUGAAGAAUCUCCAAAAACUGAUACUUGUGAUAUGAUAGAAGACUCUCUAAAAGUGAUGGACUCCGUAUACAAGAAUGUGAUGGAAGAUCCGGAUUUGAGAGCGAAAGUUUUACCACCUGGUUUUCUAACAUCUAAAGUUACUGAGACAAACACUCGUGUAGAGAAUGCUGCAGUAUCUCCUAUGAGGGAUGAAAAGGUAGAAGUGGAAGGAAAAGUGGUAGGAGAAGGAGAAGAAGUGGAGAAUGUACCAUCAGGAUUGAAUGAAGUCCCACUUUCUCCUCUUUCUCACAUUCCAUCUUCUAUAAAAACUAACUCGACACCAGUGGAAGGUAGUGGAAAGAGAAUGGAUAGUACAGACAGUGGUCUUGAGCAGGCACUUCCUUCUCUUCCUGCCAAUGAUCCCAACCAAUCCACCUCUUUGCCUCAUCAGCCAUCAUCGUCCAAAUGA